GCUUGGUGGGAUUUGAUUGGCUAUCACCGCAUGCUCAGGUAUAUAAAUGAGAUUCACGGGAGAAAGCAGGUACUUUCCAUCUCUCCAGAGACAUAUCAUCUUCAAGUUCUCUGCAUCACACAGGAGCCAAGAUGGAGAAAGCUGUCAUCAUAAUGUGCCUGUUUGUCGCUUGCUCGGCUGCUCCUGUUCAGAAACGUCAAAGCGACGAAAUUGCGGCGCAUGCCAAUGAAGCCUUGAGGUUGAUGGAGAUGUACAGGCUGUUACAGCAGCAGGGGAUUGUCCCCAACCCUUUUCUUCCAGCAGCUGAAAUUCCCGGAACCGAAGCUACUCCUGAAGUUAGGCCUGAAGGGCCAGCCAGGGCAACACCCGAGCAGGUGGAUUUCGUGCCAGCGCAGGCAGCCACUAUCGUUCCUCCCCCUCCUGUAGCUGCUGAUGCUGCUGCAGCUCAGCCAGUUGGAGAUGAAUCAGAGGAGCAAGAGGAUGCUAAACCGGCUUCAAAGGCUGCUGCUGCUCCUGUUGCCCCUCCAAACUCUGAAGAGGCAGACGAAGAAACUGAAGAGGUGGGGGAGGCAACUGUGAUCAAGGCAGAAGCAGCAGAGGCACCUGCAGCAGAUCCCGUGGCUCCCGCUGACGUGCCAGCUGUGGAUGCUGCCCCUAAAGCCCCCCGAGCUGCUGAAGCAGCGGUUGGUGAAGUCCCUGCAGAAGCUGCCGCUUUUAAUACUGCUGCUGCUUCUCCACUGGCGGACACUACCGUAGUGUAAUUACGCCCCUACACAUUUCCAGCCUUGAAAAAUGUCAGUGUUUAGUUUAAUUGCAAGAAGAUGGAAUAAAACUAAUGCAGGCUGAAGAAAAUUCCUUGGUGGUUGUGUUGGGAGCAGUUAGCAUACAGUCAGUGCAAAAUCUAAUCAUUUCUCUUCCAUUGUUCAUGUU